AUGUACAGUUUUUUAUUAACAUUUUGCUUGAUUCUCAAGAUUGAUAUAACUAAUGGUUUUGAAUUUCGAACAAGUUCGAUUGCCGCACAAAAUUUGACCAACUUUGUGGAAAGAGCUUGUCCAACUGAUUGGGAGCCAUUUCAAAGACCAAAGGGCUUAUUUUGUAUAAGGGUAAGUGAUAAAUGGGAAGCAACACGUGGCAAUUUGGAUUUUUUUUUAUUUUUGGAUGAUUUUUGAAAAAAAUCAAAGAUUUCAGUGAAACGUGAACUUCAAUUUUUAAAACUAUGAAUAAGUUCCAAAACCUUUAUAAAUUCUUUCAAAAGCUGUAAACGCUGGAAAAGUUUCCUAAGUCUUCCAGGUUUAUUCUGCUCCCCCCUAUGUUUAUACUCAAUCAAUUGCUCAAGCUUUGUGUAAUCAAGAAGGUGCAUAUUUGACUGGAAUUGAAUCAAUUGAAGAACAUUCGUAUAUUCAACAGAAAGGAAUGCAAAUAUUACAGGCGAAUGAUCAAGACAGAGCUCGUCUUUGGCUUGGACUUGUUCGAACUUCCAACUGUCGUGGAGCAACUGAGACUGCUAACAACAAUCUUAAUUGUGCAAUUGUAAGAACGACAUUUUUAAACUUCAGUUACUUACAUGAACUAGUCGCCCUGGGUACUCUAGAGUAAACAGCCUUUCCCGGCGAAAUUUUCGAAAAGUUAACCGAAAUUCCAGAGUCGCUACACAUUUUACUGGGCUGAUCCAAUGGUGAGCAAUCGGAUUUUCACUGAACAAUGGGCAGAUAACCAGCCAGAUUAUAACAAGUAAUUGAUUGUUUGGAAAACCCCCGAAAACCUUCAUUUCCAGCAACAACCAAGAUUGCGCCCAAAUGUAUUUGACCCAACCAGCAGGUAUAACAGGGUUUGGACCUAUUGGAUUCUAUGAUGAUGCGACAUGUGGCACUGCAACUAACUCUUAUUAUACUUCUACUGCCCUCUAUGCUUGUGGAAUGAGAGCACCAAUUGUUAGAUUCGUGAACUCGCCAAUGUGA